AUGGCGGACAAGGUCCUGGUUCUGAACUCCGGGAGUUCGUCCCUGAAGUACAAGCUCUUCUCGUCCCUCGGAGCCGGGGGAAAGAAGCUCCUUGCGGUGGCGAGCGGCCUGGUGGAGCGCAUCGGGGAGUCGCAGACACACAUGGUCACCAAGAUCGCCACGGAGGGCAAGCCGCCUGAGAAGGUGGAGGUGAGCCAGCCGAUGCCCGACCACGGGGUGGCGCUCACCGCGGUGCUGGACCUCCUCCGGUCGCGCUUCAGCGCCUCGAUCGCCGACGACGUCAAGGUGGUCGGGCACAGAGUCGUGCACGGCGGCUCCCUGGGCAAGCCGGAGAUCGUCACGGAGAAGGUCAUCAAGACCAUCGAGAGGGCCGCGUCCCUGGCGCCCCUCCACAACCCCCCCAACCUCACCGGGAUCCACGCCGCCACGGGCAUCUUCCACUGCCCCCAGGUGGCGGUGUUCGACACUGCGUUCCACAUGACGAUGCCGCCGCCCGCGUACACGUACGCUUUGCCGCGUGCCCUGUGCGAGGAGCACGCGAUUCGUCGCUACGGGUUCCACGGCACGUCGUACAAGUACGUGUCAGCGCGCGCCGCUCAGAUGCUCGGCCGGCCGAUCUCGGACGUGAACCUGAUCGUCUGCCACCUGGGAGCAGGCUCCAGCAUCUGCUGCAUUCAGAACGGUGUUUCGAUCGACACGAGCAUGGGGCUGACGCCUCUGGAGGGUCUGGUGAUGGCUUCGAGGAGCGGGGACAUCGAUCCUGCGAUUGUCAUGUACCUGCACAACAACGCCGGCAUGUCCAACGCGGACAUCGACACGCUCCUCAACAAGAAAUCCGGCCUGCUUGGUAUCUGCGGGAACAAGGACUUCCGCUCCAUCCUGGAGACGAUCAAGGAGAAGCCCGGAAGUGAGGAGGCGCGGAGGUCCGAGCUCGCGUUCAACGUCUUCGUGCACAGGGUCAGGAAAUAUCUCGGUUCCUACAUGGUGCAACUCGGAGGCAGGGUGGAUGCAAUCGUCUUCACCGCAGGGAUCGGGGAGAACGCCGCUGCGGUCAGGCAGGCGAUCGUGCACGGCCUGGAGCCGCUUGGAGUGAGCCUGGACACGUGCACCAACUUGAAGACGGUCGGCGAGGCUGGCGUCAUCAGCGACGCGGCCUCGAAGAUCAAGGUCAUGGUGGUGCCCACGGACGAGGAGCUGUCAAUCGCUGAGCAGUCUCUUGAGACGAUCGGGUGA